AAAUGUAGGAUGCUUAAGACAAGUUAGAAUUACAUUCAAAACUCUUGAAAUACCCUCCAUUCUACACGUAUAUUAAUACUCUAAAGUAUUUUAGCUUAUAAGAUCAUAAAGAGACGAGAAAGAAGCAGAUAACUUAAUGGAGUGAGAUUGUACAUCUCUACUUUCAAUCACACAAAAUUUUGGAAUCGUCAAUUAGUGAAAUCCUUAAUUUUCCCAUAUUUUAAGAUUCAUCAUCUGGAAUAAUUAAGAGAUUAGAUUCUUCAGAAAUUAAGGAGAUCCUCAAUUAAAUGGCACAAUUAGGAUCUAUAGAAUGGAAAAAUGAUUAAAAUUUCGCCGUGAAUUUAGUCAGUCCUUUCGAAUUGGCAGAUGCAAUCUAUGCUUGGGCUAAGGAGAAAAAAUUGAUUGGUUAUACAGAGACAUUAAGAGGUAUUACUGAAGGAAGCCAGACUGAUGAAUCUAAAAGUAUAAUUGGAUAUCAAUAUAUAGAAUUUUACAAUUUACCUUAAGAAUAGAUUCUCAAGGCAUGCUUAAUUCUAGAAGAAACAGGCAGAUGUUAGGUUUACGAAUUUGAUGGUUUAUAUAGUAUCAAAUUUAUAUGA